AUGUUACAUAAUGAAAAAGUUAAUUUAGUUAAUAGUUUGAAAGUAAUGUGCUAUACUAUUAAAAAACCACCAGGUUUGAUCCGUAAACGAGAUUUCGAUUUCUUUUGAUGUACGUCCGUAUUUUGCAUUUUGUUCGUAGGCCGUAGGACAAAAACAAUGGAAUUAUAUUCAUGUAUUAAAUCCUAUCCUGCUAAUAAUAUACAUGUGCAAGUUGGUGUGGAUGUAUGGAUGUUCGUUAGUCUUUUAUGUUCAAACUACUGAACGAAUUAAGCUGAAACUUUACAUAUGUGUAGUUAUAGACCAGGAAUAACAUGUAACUAUUCUUUCCCCGUAUUCCACCCUUAAAGGAUGGUAAAUACUGGGUUAUUCGUGUAUUUGGUACGAAAAUCGAAUUAUUUUUGUUCAUUUAUAAGUUACCUUGGUGAUACGGAUGAAAUAAAAAAAUUGUUAAUAUAAGUUAAUUUAGUUGUCACGGACAAAAGAAUACUCUUAAAAAAAAUUAAUUAUCGGGCAAUAACGGCUAACUGAGAUAGGUAAGGGUGAAUAUGGGGAAUCAUGUUUUUAUUUGCUAUUUCUUUAAAUAAGUAACAAUAAUAUCACUCAAAUACCACUCACUGAUCGCUAUAUCUCAAAAACUACACAACCUACGAACUUGAAAUUUAGAAUAGAGGCUCCUCUAAGAAAUUUUUUUUUUAAAAAUGAGUUUAGUAGAUUAAUUAAUAAUAAUAAUUAAUUGCCACUAUGUAUUAACAAUUGAGUUAUUGAUUUAUAAAAUAAUCGGUAAAUACACACAUAAAAGUAUAUAAAAGUAUUAUUUAUGUAUUUUUUUAUGGAUUACUAUAAUAGCACACGCAGGGUCGGCGUUAGGGUAGGGCAAGUGGGACUUAUGUCCAGGGCCUCGUGCUUGUAGACCCAUAAAAAAGCGUAGUAUAAUUAUAAUGGGUGUAAAACUGGAAAAAUAAUUUUUUUAACUACGGGAAUUCGGGAAAAACACGUACACAAGCGUUGUUUUAUUUGACCAUUGACUAUUUUGUUGCCUUUUAGUUUUGUACAGUGUACAAUACACCUUUAUAGGUCCCCCAAAUUAAGUUCAUUAUACAAUAUAGGCGAAGGGAAAAUUUGCAUUUAAUAACGGAGCUUUGCUGUUCAUGAGUCUUUUAUUAUAAUAAUAUUAAUAAUAAGUGUUUGUAGAGAAAAAAUAAAACUUUAAUAUAUUAUUUAAUCAUCGAUUAAUAAAUUAAUAUACGUUCUGAUAUGGAGUAGGUAUCCAUCAAAAGGUCACGCUCUCUUAACACAUAAUAUAAAUAAUAUGUAAUACAUAUUCAUAAAAUAACAAGUACACUGUUUGUAUUCCGAAAAUAGCAUGCAUUUUUAAUGCUUUUGUCGGUUUUUGCUGGUUCAGUAGAAAAUGGCAUUGAAAUUAUAAUUUUUUUUAAAAAAAAGAGCUGAUACUGGGGACGGGUGUGGUCACUAUUGUGGGUGGGUAAUUGGGUUAGGGAUAGGGUACAUAGUUAUUUAGUUUAUACCUGUAAGCAACGAUAAAUCAUUGCUAACAAAACACUACUUUGAACGAAAAAAAAAAAUCUAAAAUAAAAGGAAUAAUAAUAAAAACAAAACAAUGUGCGUUUUUGUGAAAACAACGAUUGCUAAAAAAAAAUUAAAAGAGAAAAAUAAUAAAAACUUAAUAUUAACAAAAGAUAAAUAAAAAUGAUUUCUCAUGACAACCUUAUUUCAAUCUUUUAUAACCUAAAGAACCAGUUUUUUCUCAUUAUUUCGAAUAUUAAUGAGAAUUUAAAAAAAAAUUACCUUUCUAAUCUACCAAAUAGAGUCAAAAUGUAACAAUGUUGCAUGUUGUUUACAGACUGAAAAACAAAACACACAUCAUCAUAGUAAAACCAAUAGAUCCCUUGCUUCAUUCAGAAUCUAAUAGAAUAUUACUAAACGAGACGUAUAAGUAUAGUAAUAAUUCAUAUAUCGUUUUAAAAAUGUAUUAAACAGUAGAACAAUUAAUUAAUUUGGAUAUGCUGUACUUAUAAAUUUUACACUUUUGGCUUUAGAAUAUAAUUUUAAGUUUAAAUUGAAGUAUUUGUGAUACUUGUAGUUGUUUAUUGAAUAGAGUAAAUUUAAACAAAAAUGUGAAUAUUGUGAAAGCUGCAUAAUACAAUAUUCUCAACGGCCGACUCUUGAUAAUUAUACGACUUUAUUAUACCCGCAUAACACACAAUCGACAAUAUGCAUGGUUAAUUAAAAUGAUAACGCUAUAUAAAAAUUUGGUCUAAAUAUUAAAUACCUUUGUGAUUCCACUUCAAAUGCUAGUACAUUUGGUUUUGUUAUUAAAGGGCCGUGUUAAAUUGCGUUUUUAUCUAUGCCGUGCGCAUCAAUAAAAGAAGUACGGUUCGUGGUAUUUCCUCUCCUCCAUUGGCUUACAAUGAUUACUCAUUUACGAAUAUUCAUUUAGUUAUUUAAUUUUGAAAUAUAUGCAGUAUGUAAAAUAUAUUCCAUUGAAGUUACACAUUUUCCAAGGAACAGCUCUAUUGAAAAAAAUUAAUUUUCUUUCUUUGGAUCUGGUUUUUAAAUUCCCGUUGUCGGGUCAGAUAAUAUGUAAAAGAAAAUUCUUCGAUUUACCCACCAUUCUAAACUUUAAUUUAUUAUAAAGUAAAUACCUAGGUGAUUUGAAGAAAAAAUAUUACAUUUUUAUAACGUUCAAAUUAUUGCAUACAUUUAUGUUUACAUCACGUAUGUUACCUUUCACUUUUGAUACUAUUUUUUUAAUUUUUUAAUUUUUUUUUAUUAGACUAUUAUAGUGGAGGAAGCCGAAAAAGAAAAGGACGACGUGUUACGUCAAAAACGCAUCGGACAAAAACGAUACGUGUUCGACGCUGUCUUUGGUGAAGAUUCUACCCAGGUAAAACAAUAUGAUGGAAAAUAAUAAAAUAACAGUAUUAUAUUUGAGUACCAGGCGUAACGAGGACUUUUCUUUGAGGGUCGAUAUGAAUAUUUAUUAAAAAUAUCAAGACAAAAAUCAUAAAUAAUAUAUUUUACAUUAAUAUCACAUAAUUUGAUUAACAUUUAACAUAAACGAUAAUCAAACAAUAAUAUUGAUGUGGCAUGUUUCAUACUUGGUAUUUUAAAUUUUGUAUUGUGUAUAAUAAGUUAUUCGAAUCAAGAAUAGACCUCUUUGGGGGCGGAUGUAUUGACACCACUUCACCUUCCUGGUCGGUACCCAUAUAGGUAUACAUAUUUAAUAAACUCGUCUAUAGAAUACCUACAUCCACUCCAAUUUAUUUUAAUUUCUAAACGAUUUGUGUAAAAUUUCAGUCUCAUUGAAAAAAAAAAUUAGUUAUUUAUCGGAAUUUUUUUUUGGUAGAAUAGUGUCUUGUGUAAUAUUUAGCGUGAAUUGUGUAUACGACGUGUACCUAUGUAUAAUCUAACAUGUGUUAUACUGGAAAUUAAAAUAUAAGUUACUAUAGUGAUGUAAUUAUGUAUGUAAUUAUUGUAUGUGAAGCAAUUUAUGUGUGACAAAAAAGGCAUAAGUCAUAUAAUUAUACGAUUUGAGCCAUUCAGAAUGCUUGCAUUUAGGUUAGGUAAUUUAAUAAUAUAGUCAUUUAGAAAUUAUGGCGUUAUGCUAUUUAAGAAUUUUCGAUGUUUAAUCUGCUUAUAUUGAAAAAAAAUUACUGAAGCCCUUUUCCCUUUAAUCGAAGAAGUGUCGAUCAAGGUGAAGGAGGAACGAGUAAAAUAAUUGUACACUUAUUAUUAAAUCGCUUUCAUGUUGCGAUCAAACUAUUUUUCGUGUGUAGGAUGAAGUAUACGAAAAAACUGCCAAGAAUUUGGUCAAAGACAUACUCGUUGGCUAUAACGCGACAGUGUUCGCCUACGGAGCGACGGGUAGCGGUAAAACCCACACCAUGGUCGGACAUGGCGGAGAAACGGGUAUAAUGGUCCGAGCCAUCAGCGAUUUAUUCGACAUAGUGGGUAAAAAUGCCUACCGAUACACGGUGAGUAGGUACCGAAAAUAUGAAAUCUAUAUAUUUAUAAAAAUAAUGUGAGUAUAAUAAUAUUUAUAUCCUAUAUUGUAAAUUUCUACAUAUAUCGUGUGUACCGUUUAUACGGUAUCGUAUACGGCAAAUGUAUAGACAUGUUGUACUUUAAUGUUGAGUGAUUCAAUAGGUACAUAAUAAUAGGUAAAUAGGUACAUAAUCAGAGCCGUGCUAAGUCAUUUGACGACUAAGGGCGUGCAUUUUUAAACGCCCCCUUUUAAGAUCUUACCUGGUAUGAUUUUGGGAUUAGUUUCCUCUUCAAAUUUGACGUUUUUGAAAUUUUAUUAAAUUCAUAUUAAACUUUCAAUAUUUUACUCCUGCCAAAUAAGAUUUUUACUUAUUCCUAAAAUUUGUAUUAUUACUCUAAGUAAAACGUUUGAAAAUAAAACAAAUAGCAAGUAACAUAAUAAUAGUGAUAUUUUUAAAUUGUAUUUUGAGUUUUAACAGAGCCAGGUGACCGAUAGUUUUAAAAAUCUUCGGUGCCUUGGGGCAAACACCUCCAUUACCCUUCUGUUUUUAAUAGUAAAUAAUAAGAAAUCUUCGCUAAAACUGAUAAGCCAUCUUAUAACUAAUUACUAUUAAUAUUAAAUAUUGCCAUGAGCUUUCCUGCCAUUCGUAUUAUGUCUCGUGUAAACUAUCAUAACCCUAAUCAUCAUCUGCCAAGGUUUUAAAGAACUAUGUAAAUAAUCAAAAAUUAACAUAAAUAAUUUGAUAUCAUAUUAUGAUACUUUUUUUAUAAUAUAUAGUUAUAUAUUAUAGUUCUACGUAUCUAUUUAUAAUCUAUUUACUUGUUGUAUAAUAUUAUCAUAAUGUAUUAUUGUUAUCAAUUUAAAUUUAAAAUUUGUAAUUGGGUGCGUACCCAUUUCUUUCUGUAAAUAAAUAAGGUUUUUAUUAAUUUUAGGCUAAACUCACACGGACCACAUUACGACCACGAAACGGUCGAUACAUUAAUAACCUAUAAAAUAAUAUGAUAAACGCAAUCAUACACAGACGGACCACUUUCUGACAUCAGUCCAAUAGCAGUCACUGUCUUGUAUCACCCAAAAAAUUGUGGUCGUCGGUGGUCGAACGUAGCAUACACGGUGCGAGACGCCAACCACUUUCUGACCAGUCACCGCCAGCACGAAAAUUAAUUUUAUUGUUAACAUUUAUUAUAAAACAUUUUUCAUCGUACAUUCUUAAUGAAAAAAAUUAUUUAUAAAACAAAUUAAACUUGCUUUCAUUUUUAUUUUCAAUUAUGGGAUGGACUUAAACAUUUCUUUUCCUACGACGCCUCAUUCUUUGGCGUAAAAUAACAAUAGUGCUUCCUCUUUUAAAUCUAUUUUUACUCUAAAUUAAAUUUGUAAACUAGAAAUAUAGAAUGUACGCCAUAUUUUUAGUUGUGAUGUGGUUCUAUCGUCGUCGGUUUGGACGUCUAACGACCAUAAAAAUGUGGUUCAAAAAUGGUUGAUUUCGACGACAGCACAUGCGCAUUAAAACCAAAAAACAACUUCCAUGAGUGGUCCGUGUGAGUUUAGCCUUUAGUCAUAGAUACAGUAUCUGAAAAUUAAAAAAAAAACAUACUUAUCUACUAUUUAUAUAUUUUCGAGAAUGUUAAAUAUUGUGAUUUGAUCUUAUAUUUAGAACUACAAAUGUGAUAAAUGAAAAAAUACUUUUUUUCAAGUAUCUUAAUCAUCUUUGGAUGUAAUAUUUGUUUAACUCAAAAUUGUGAAUAUUUUUUUUUUGAUUUUUAUUAGUAAAAAUAAAAUAUUAUGAUUAACCUGAUCUGAAAUCUGAACGUUUAUACGAUAUCAUAAAAUUACAUAAUAACAUUAGUGGGGUCGUGGGGUCGUGGAUAUCUGAGGGUCGUUUUAUUUAUUUAUAUUCAUUCUUGACAUGUAUUGGUAUGAAUGUAUGAAAUACGUAAUACAUAUUCAAACUGCGACAUUGUGUAAUAUGCGUUUUAGGAAUAUUUUAUACAAUACAUUAAUUAAUACGUAUACCUACGUGACCUAUUUGACAAAUAGUUUAAAAAUGAUUUUAAAUCGUUGAAAAAUUCAAAUACCGAGUAUUGAUUGUUAAAAUUAAGCCAAUUUAUAUAAAUAUGACAAAUUUAAUUAAUAAUUAUACAGUCAUUUUUCAUAAACCUUAAUAUAGUAUUUUAUAGACAUACGAAAACAAUCGUAACGAAAUGCACAGUUACGUGUUUCCUGUUGAUUACCUUUAAUUGCUUGUAUCGUUCAAUUAAACAACUAAAUCCAGUUAAUUUUCUAUUCAUAUUAUUAGAGUUUUUUACGAGAAUUCACAUAUUUAGAUUAGCAUAUAAUUAUUGUGCCUAACUAAAAAGCGAUAAAAAAAAUAAAAUAAAAUAACAACUCUGUAUGAUGUUUUACAAUAUAUUGAAACCUAUUGAAAUCGGUUUUAUGUGAAAGUAGUUGAUUUUACAAUAUUUAUUUUUAUUAUUAUUUUUUUUUUUUUUAUAAAAAUUAGGUAUCUGCAUAAAUGUGAAUGUACAUUUAAAGUAAAUAAUUUCAAUUUUAGUCUAAUCGCAUAAAUGCUGGAGUACACAGUACACACUUAUUUUUAUUGUAGUCGUAAUAUAGUUGAUAUUAUACUAUCAAUACGUAAUAAAAUUUAGCUUUAUAAAUUUAUAAUAUUUAUACUAAGUUUAUUUGAUGGUGUCGUUAAUAACGGUGAAUGGUAUUAUAAUGUUUUAUGUAGGUGAAAAUGUCGUAUUUAGAAAUAUACAACGAAAACAUUCGGGAUCUUUUGAACCCUACUUCGGGUUUUCUCGAACUCCGAGAGGACACGUCCAGAAACCGGAACAUUCAAGUAGCCGGUCUCUCGGAAGUUGUGGUGGUCUCCAUUGACGAAGUGAUGGGGCUUCUGCACCAGGGCAACCGACAACGAACGGUGGAGCCGACGGGCGCGAAUAAGACGUCUUCCAGGAGCCACGCUUUGCUCAGCGUGACGGUUAGCAAGGCGUCUAGAGCUGCGACGGCCGUGCGCCAGGGCAGACUAUUCAUGAUUGACUUGGCGGGCUCCGAGCGAGCCAGCCACACCAAAGUGAUUUUUAAAUUAAUUAAUAACAUUAAUAUAGUAAGAAUAUAGUUUUCGUUAAGUUCGUCGAGACAUUACUAAACAUAUAUAUAUUCCUUCAUUUUUUUUUGCUACCAUCCGCCAGCCAGAAUUCCUGUCAUUUUAGAACUCCGAGAAGGUUUUGCAAAAUCCGUCUUAACGAAAUCUUCUCAACGAAGUGACGGCCUUAAAAAUGGGUUUUUGCCUCUUGGGUUUUAAUGUGUCACUAUUUUGAUCAUCAUUAAUCAUCAUGUUCAAUAUGUGACCUGCACAGUCUAUAGCUUCUUUCUUUUUAUCUCGUUCACAAUAUCGAAUAUCUGGUUAUUUAAACAGCUCUUCUAAUUCCGCAUUACGUACUUUUAUCUCUUCCUAUCAACACAUGGCUCAUAUUGAAUAAAUAAUAUUAUACAGAACCGAGGAAAACGGCUCAAAGAAGGGGCGCACAUCAAUAGAUCUCUAUUAGCGCUGGGAAACUGCAUAAACGCCUUGAGUGGAGGAACAAAUCCGCGAUUUGUCAAUUAUCGUGACAGCAAACUCACUAGGUUGCUUCGUGAAUCGUUGAGCGGAAAUUGCCGAACCGUCAUGAUUGCGCACGUCAGUUCGGCGGCGUCGCACAAAGACGAAACUCGGAACACGUUGAUUUAUGCCGCUAGGUAAGGAUUAUCAGCAUAAUUAUUGUUAUACAUUUGAAACGUCUGAUGGUUAUGCACGUUGAUCAUAGGGCAAACGGUAUUUCGCACAAAGUCGAGCGGAACGUUUUGAAUGUUUCCUUUCAGGUGAACCAGUACAGGUCGGUCAUAGCUGACUUGCGUAACGAAAUCGGCAGGUUGAGGACGAAACUGGACGAGGGUCGAACCAAAUCGUCAAGUGGACAACACAGCGACACCCCCGUCAAUCAGAUCAGAGACCAGAUAGUGACCACGUUUCGCGAACAAAUGAAACUCAGGUACCCAUUCGUUUAUGGGUAUAAAAUAUCAUUGUGAAGUCGAUAAUUUAUUAAUACAUGGCUGAUUAUUGCUGGCAGACGUAAACUUAUGGACAUCGACGGACACCUGUUGUCGCUGGGCGUGGAAGCUGAACGACAGCAUCAGAUCAUCAGCCAAUGGGAAUCGAGAAACAACAAACUGUACUGCCGGAGGACUAGUAGUCAACGUAGACCGAACACGAAGGGCUCGUACAAUACGGCGAGUAAGCUGAAUAGUGACAUUUUCUGUUAUUAAUAAUGACUUGUUAUCGUAAUAAUUAUUGUUAAGCACAUCACCUAUCUAUAGGUAAUUAAUAAUAAUAACACAAUACAUAUCUAUAUAGACACAGAUUCCCCGGACAACGAUCAGUUGAACAUGCACCAGGCGUGGUCGGACCUUAGCUACAUCGAACACGAACAGGAGCGGUACGUGGGCCUGAGAUCCAAGACGGUGAGCGAAUUGGACGCGGUUCGGCAGCAGGCAGUGGCAUUGGAAAAUGUAUAUGCGAUUCAAACUUUAUUUAUUUAUGUGUUUAUUUACUUAUGAUCAAUCACAGAUUUGACGGUCAGGGAAGUCGGAUAUGUUCAAUCAGGCCUCCCGGCAAAACAUAAAAAAAAAAAAAUUGUAAAUUACAAUUAUUGUCUUUUUCAUAUGCCUAUAUUUUAUUAUUAUUUAUUUGUCUACGAAUUAUCUUUAUUCGUAAUUGAUAUCCGAUCAUAUAGUAGGUAAAAAUGAUUUAUCGAUUUAAGAGAGGAUUUAGAUUAUGUUUUGGUUAUUUUAAACACGUUAUUGUAUACCAGUACCCAUAUAGUGCCUAGGAAUUUUCGAUGGAAGGAGAUGUAGUCUAUAGUCAAGUCAUAAGCGUCAUUGCCGGGUAGCGAGUGGUAGCAAAUGCUACCCCGCCAUUUUUAUCAGCGUUACAAAUUAUUAGCUACCCUAAUUUAUGAGUAGUUUAUAAAUAAAAUAUAAUUAUCUUAGUUUUUUUCAUAAUAUGAUCACACUAAUUUUUAUAUUGAAUUAGAACAUUAAAAAAGUUUAUUCAAUAGAUUCCUUAAUAUAUUGCUAUAUUUAUUUGAUAUAGGUAUUCCUACCAAAUUUCGGUGAGCAAUUGACUAUAAGACUUAUCGAUGGUUCAACAAAUUGCUCUUUCACUUUAUUAGCACUUCUUAAAUAUAUUUGUUCAUAGGGCCUGUAAAAAUAAAUACAAUUAAAGAAUAAUUUAAUUUUUUUAAUUAAAUAUAUUGUAUUAUUCGUGAUUCUUGUUUCCCCAUAAUUAUAGCUCAAAUAAUGUCUAUGGCUGUAGUAAAUAAUAAUCAUGAUUCGUGAAUGAAUCUUAAUAUCUCCAUCUGUUAGAUACUUAACUCGGCAAUGUAAAUUUCAAGCCAGAUCCAAAAAACCAAUUUUAUUUAAACCAUGCCAAACAAAUUUUUCCUUGUUAUUGACUAAAAUAUAUUGUUUCAAGAUGAAAUUACAUAAUAAACAGACAGUUAUAUUUUUAAGUCAAUGGGGUUAUAAAAUAAUAAUCGUUAUAUUUUCUCCCCUCUCCCACUCACUCAACUGUCAGUAUCUGCCAAUGCAGUGGCGGAUUAUUAACUUUCUUUUGGAGGGGGGAGACCUCAAAAAUCAUAUGCAUUUAAAAGGUAUCUAUUAAUGGAUGCCUUUAUUUUGGAUAAUAUUUUAUCGGUGUCUUGGAGGGAGGUAUAUAGAUCCCUCUAGGCCACCUCCCCCGUAAUUCCACCACUGUACCAAUUUACCUACGAUUUAAAAAAUGUUCACGUCUCACUAAGUAAUAUAAUGAACUCGAUUAUUUGAUUUGAAUUUUGAUUAAAAUGAUGUUACAUAUUUUAAAUUUAGUUAUAACAAGUAAUAAUAAGUAUACUUGAAGAAAUUAGCGAAUAUUCCGUCGGGGCCUUUUCCAACCAAUCCGCUACUGCUCAUGAUAAUAAUUAUAAUUAUAAUUAUUAUACGUAUUAACUGUAUUUACUUAUUUGAAAACAAACAAAAAUACACGUUUUUCGCAGAACCUUCCGAAACGAUUGGACUCGGAAACCGAACGCGAGCUGCUGUCGUUGAUAUGCCGUGUUCACGAAUUAGAAGCAGACAAAAUGGCGUUGCAAGGCGAACGGUUAGUCGAGUCGUACGAGUUACGUCGCCGGGGCGACUUGUUGCAUAGGAUGCACCGACAACAGCGCAUCACCGAUGACAUCAUCACGAAACAACGACAAAUCAUCGAAGGUAUGCAGCACUCUACAUUAUGCACACGUCGUGUACUCACUAUAAAUGAUAUUUAGCCGUAUACCCUGCGCAUAGUUAUACAUAAUAAGAUAUUGUGUUGGUGGGAUUAACUGUAUAGCUCAGAACGUGCCGUUGCCGACCGACCUGAAAGAACUAUAUCGGUCGUACCAACAAGAAAUUCACGCCAACUCGUACAACGCUGACGUGAACAGCAUACCGUUGACGUCCGCCAUGCAGUUGAUAGACAAAGGGUAAUCUCAUCAUAAUUAUUAUUAUUUUAAUCGGCUAUAACUAAACAUGAGAGAAAAUACUGGAAAAAUACCUUUUGCGUGAAUUUAUAAUAAAAUAGUUGCCGCCGGUGGCGUGGUGAAUGAUAUUUGAUUUUCGGACAAAUUAAAUGUAUAAGUACACACCAGUAGCACCAAAAAAAAAAAAAAAAAAAUAGUUAACUGGUCCUUGGACAGCUAACUCUAUUAUAUUAUAUUAUAUUUUGAAUAAAUUACAAUUGAUAUUAGCUAAUCAUACGCAAAUACAAUUUUAAAAAAAAUGCUGAUACUGAGGAUGGAUGCGCCAAUGUUAUAAUUGAAGUUGGAAAGUUGGGGAAGUAGGAUACCUAAAGUUAUUUGAUUUUUACUAGCAAACAACGAUAAACCAUUGCAAACGAAAAACGAUUUGGAGCGAAGUUCGGUAAGACAUAUUUAGAAAGCCAUAGUUUUUAAGAUUUUCGUCAAAAAUUUAAUCUUAAAACGCUUACGAAAAAAAAAAAACAAAUCAAAUACAUUGCACUCAAAUUGGUUUUUAAUCUACUAAGUGCACCUUAUAAAGAACCUCCUGCCAAAUUUUCAAGCAUUUCUGUUUAGUACCCACAGAGUAAAAAACUAACAAAAUUAAAAUGUCUGUAAUUAGCUUAAAAAUAGCCUAAAUAUAUUUAAUGUUAUCCACGUCUAGAAAGGACAAAUGUACGUUUUGUGCCAAAAUAUCAAUGAAUAUUUUUAAUCGAAUUGCAACAGAAAACUAAAAUGUUAAAUAAUAAAAACAUUAUUUUCGUAAAUUUUCCAUUUUUCUACGGUUUUCUUUCAAGUUUUGUUAAGUUAUAUAAAAAAACUACAAACAAAUCAAAAACUACUUUAUUACUCGCCAACUAGAUUAAAAAUGCAACAAAAAAGGUUACUUUUGUUAUUUGUUUAUUGGAACAAUAUUUUUAUGUAGAAAAUAUAAAGUAUACAAAUUUAAUAAAACAAUGAAAUCAUUAUGCCAUAAUUUGAACAGUUUUCAUUGUACGUAAUUAUCCGGUUUUUCCAAUUACUAUCAAACUAACGGGAAAAUAAAAAACGAUUUUCUCCGUGAGUUUCUAGAUUCAAAAUUUAACAAGUUAGGUCUUUUAGUAUUUAUGAUUAGGUAAUAAAAAUAGGUUUAAAUGGUUUAAAGUAAUAUUUUUGGUAGCAAACAUAAUUUGCAAAAAUGAAAAACAAUGUAAUCGGUGACGCCGUGGUGUGCCCUUUAUAUUUGCCGUUUUACCUAUAAUUUACUUCUCAGUUUUUUCCAGUUAUUUUUAAAGCUCCUUGGAAAAUUAAAAAAAAUCAAUCAACUGCCUGGAUAAAAUUUCCUUUCAGAAAAGGUACUACAAUAUUUGCAUUGGAGCCAGAUUUCUCUAGACUAUAAGAGCAAAAGUCACGACUAAUAUACUAUAAUACCUUUCCAGUAUAGUAUACCGAACACCACUAAGAAUCGUUUUUCGAUUGCAUUGAUUUACCGUUACAUUCAUUAUAAUAUACCUACAUUUAUCCAUGUAACGUCUAAUAAACGUUAUAAACUCUAGAACAUAUUUACUUUUCAGUCUAGACAGAUGAAGAACUUACAAAUUUAAAAAAUUAAAUUACAAAACCAUCGAAUCUUAUCAACACUUAUAAGAAUAAAUAUGAUUUCGUUCUCAAAUAGUUAAUUUGUGGAUUGUUUUUGAAUACGUACAGUUUCGAAAAAACGACUAUUAACGAACGUACGUCGGUGGCGGACAAUAGUGGAAAAUUGUAUGCGGCUGGGUCGUCCGCAGUCGAAAGUCGUGAUCGUCCGGUAACACCAGAAACGCGACUGGAUACUACUUCGAGGUGAAUAUCUGUUAUUGGUUAAAUGGACUACGUAUUAAUUCAUAAUAAACUUAGAAACUUUUAACUCCGGAAGCGCACAUUGAAAUACAGGCACUGAAAAAAAAAUUUAAAUAUUCAUUGAAAAAAAAAAAAUAAUUAAAAAAAAUCAACUGAACUAGUUAUAAACAUACUAACUUAUUAGUAUUUUUAUAUUAAUUAUAAUAAUAAUGUUAGGUAGGCUUUUAUUUUUGCAGUUGAAGGUCAUUUAGCUUAUUUAAGAUUUUCGUUCCAACCACCAUUCUUCUACAUUAAUUUCUGUCAGCAGCUAUUUGGCUUAUGCCUAGCAUAUUUACCAGUACAUCCGAACUCUAUCCAGUGUCCGUUCAUCUCUGUGUUGCCUAUGUUUUAUGUGGUAUUUUGUUCUCUGGUGUUCAUUUUGUGAUUUCCCUGAUUAGCUGUCCUCGUGCCGUACGUUCUCGCUCAGCUUAAAAACUCUUUUUUUUUUUCUCUGCUUCAACUAUAAUAUUAACGUCUUUUAAUCUAGGUAGGUAUCUCUUAUACUGCCUGGUUAGGCAUUCGUUCAUAUUUUCCCGUACUCUGGUCUACUUAAGCAGGCGCGUAUUGGCACGUAUAGGCCCGCCGGGUUACCGGAAAUUUCCCAGUGAACCGUACUCAUAUAGGUCCUUUAUUUAUAUUCGUUUUUGCACUUCUAUUUCCUCAAAUUACUUAUUGUGAUUUUGUGAUUUCUUAAGUAGAUAGGUAGGUAGACUGGACAGACUGGUACUUGAAGAACGUUUAUGAUUUAUGUUUAUAAGUGGGUCCUAUAUUUAAUACUUAAGAGUUAGAACUAAAUGUCUGCAGCAUGAUUUUUCUUUAAAAUAUCUAGGUAUAGUAUUUAUACGUUAUUAAUUUUUAUAUUUUUUCACUCUGUCCGUUCGCCGACUGGACAGCAACGAGAGCUUCGACUGGGACAAGGAAGCUGGAAGUUUGCCGCCCAUCAAUCAAUCGACGACGAUGGCAGCCGUUUCCAGAGACGAUAUUCCGUCGCCCGUACCGGCUUCCGUGCUUUUCCCCCCGAUUUCCAACCGAUUUCGAUGA